AUGCUAAAUAAUAGCCAGCAUCGACCAUCUGAACAGGCAUAUUCACAUAGACAAGUGCUUGAUAAUACCAAUUCACUCUGUGUGCCUGUAAGCGAAAAUUCUGUGUCGGGUAAGGCUGAACAACAGUCUUCCGUUACAUCAUCCACUGCAACCUUGCAGUCUGUCCAGUCAUUGACUCGCUGUGAACAGCGUAUUCCCAACCCAGCCAUCCAUGAAUCUCACUCACAUAAUAAUAGUAAUGCAACGUUCAAUUCAGCUGUUGUACAAUCACAUUAUAAUGCUCGUCCGGAUAAGGGGAUCGAAGGAAGACAAACAUCGGCGAUUCUCAGUCUUAAAAACUUUAACAACUGGAUCAAGUCAGUUCUUAUCAACCUGUUUGCACCCAGCUAUCCUAAAGGCAUUAAAAUAUUGGAUAUGUGUUGUGGAAAGGGAGGAGAUCUACAGAAAUGGAAGCGAUUGCGAGUCAACCAAGUUGUUGGAUUGGACAUUGCAGACGUGAGUAUAGAGCAAGCACGCACAAGAUACAAUCAAGGAACAAGCCAGCAUUAUCCAGCUUCAUUUUAUGCCGUAGAUUGCUUUUCUUCUGCAGUUGGGGAUAUUCUUAAAGGAAAGCUAUUCGACCUCUGUUCUAUCCAAUUUGCCCUUCACUACUCGUUUGAAACGGAAAAACAAGCGAGACAAGCCAUAUACAAUAUAUCGUCACAUCUCCAUUCAGGCGGUAUACUCAUUGGUACAAUUCCAAACGCCGAUCUCAUAUACAAACGAUUGAUGGAGGCUGUAAGGAUUGGUGAAACACAAGGCCAAACCACUGGGCCUUAUACGUUUGGAAACUCCAUCUAUUCUAUCACGUUUGAAUCUACUACACCCACGUUGUUUGGACACAAGUAUCAAUUCGCACUUGCGGAUGCUAUUGAUGAUUGCCCUGAAUAUUUGAUCAACUACUCCACGUUAAAAAAAUUGGCAGCCGAAUACCAACUAGAGCCAAUCAUGUGGAAGCCAUUUCAUAAUUUUUAUCAAGACGAGUGUGUCAAGAAUAUUGAACUACUGGAACGAAUGAGGAUAUUUAACCAUCAAGGAACAAUUAGUUCCGAUGAGUGGGAGGCAAUAGGUAUUUACUCUGUCUUUGCCUUUCAAAAAAAGCAAUAA